AUCUGACAUCCAGUAUGGCCACUACAAAUAAUGUGACUGAAUUAAUUAUUGCUGGCCUCUUCCAGGAUCCUGAGGUGCAGAGAGUGUGCUUUGUGCUGUUUCUUCCUGUGUACCUGGCCACGGUGCUAGGCAAUGGCCUCAUUGUUAUGACGGUCAGUGUCAGUAAGAGUCUGCGUUCCCCCAUGUACUUCUUCCUCAGCUCCCUGUCCCUGGUGGAGAUCUGUUACUCCUCUACUGUUGUCCCUAAGUUUAUCACUGACCUACUUGCCAAGAUGAAAACCAUCACCCUGAAGGGCUGUCUGGCUCAGAUUUUCUUCUUCCACUUCUUUGGGGUGGCUGAGAUCCUGUUGCUGGUGGUGAUGGCCUACGACCGCUAUGUGGCCAUCUGCAAACCUCUUCAUUACAUGAACAUCAUGAGCCGUCCACUGUGUCACCUGCUGGUGACUGGUUCCUGGAUGGGGGGAUUUUUUCACUCUAUAAUUCAAGUUCUCAUCGCUGUGCAAUUGCCCUUCUGUGGUCCCAAUGUGAUUGACCACUACUUCUGUGACCUCCAGCCGUUAUUCAAGCUGGCCUGCACGGACACCUUUGUGGAGGGAGUGAUUGUAUUGGCUAAUAGUGGCUUAAUUGCCUUGUGCUCUUUCCUUAUCCUUGUGGCCUCCUACAUUAUCAUCCUGGUCCACCUGAGGAAGCAUUCUGCAGAGGGGAGGCGCAAGGCCCUCUCCACCUGCGCCUCGCACAUCACUGUGGUGGUCUUGUUCUUUGGACCGGCCAUUUUCCUCUAUAUGCGCCCCUCUUCUACCUUCACUGGGGACAAAUUGGUGGCCGUGUUCUACACCGUCAUCACCCCCAUGCUGAACCCCAUCAUCUACACACUCAGAAAUGUGGAGGUAAUAAAUGCCAUGAAGAAGUUGUGGGGCAAAAAAUCCUUAAUGGUGGGGUGA